AUGGCUGUGUGCAGAAAACAAUAUGGAAGACAUAAAAUCCUGUGUUAAGAAUAAGUCAACUGGAUGCUAUUGAAUUAAACAAGGCAUUGGAGCAAUUAAUCUGGUCUCAAUUUAACAGUUGUUUUCAAGGCUUCAAACCAGGACUUUUGAGUCGCUUUGAACCAGAGAUUAAAGCGUUUUUAUGGCUGUUUUUUAUGGAGAUAUACAGUAUACUCCAAAAACGCUACCGUUGGUCAGUCGAUUUUGAACAUUCAGUACAAAAAUGACUUAUCUCAAACUAAACAUUACAGGCAACUUAAUAGACAGCAGAAGGUAUGGUUUGCACUUUUUACAGUUGGAGGAAAAUGGCUGGAAGAAAGAUCCUAUGAUUUAUUCAGUAAUCACCCUUUUGGGUCAUCUUUUCAAAGAACAAAGUACUUUAUUAAUGUUGUGUCUGGCCUUCUGAAGAUUUGUGGACUGCUUAAUUUCUUAGUUUUUUUGCAGCAAGGAAAGUUUGCCACACUGGCUGAACGCCUUUUAGGAAUCCGGUCAGUAUUCCGCAAGCCUCAAACCAUUCGUCAAGUUGGGUUUGAGUACAUGAACAGAGAAAUUUUGUGGCAUGGAUUUGCCGAAUUUCUGAUCUUCCUUUUGCCUCUGAUCAACACACAAAAGCUGAAAUCAAAGAUGUUGUCCUGGUUUAAGCCAGUCAAAGGGCUCCGACUUACUGAUCCAUCUCUAGCGGUCCUUUGUAAGGAAUGCUGUUUAUGUGGAGAAUGGCCAACUAUGCCUCAUACCAUUGGCUGCAGUCAUGUCUUCUGCUACUACUGUGUUAAAAGUAAUUACAUGGCUGAUAUGUAUUUCACAUGCCCUAAGUGUAGCACCCAAGUACACAGUCUGCAGCCCCUUGAGUUCAAAGUUGAAAUUUCUGAAGUUCACACUUUGUAA